UUCCACACAGUCCUGCAGCUUCGGAUCCACAGACGGAAUCAAGACUGUACCUCUGAUUCAGAUCCAUGGAUCUCAGCCUCAGGCCCAGCUCUGGCUCCGGCUUUGCCCCCUGCUCCCGCUUCUUUCGUUGUCAGCCCUGGCGUCUUUUCCCCUGAACCAGCAUAUUGUCCUUGGAGGUCUCCAAAGAAGGAAUCUUCCAAGAACUCCCAACACUGGAAGGAGCCCAAGGUCAGGGGGAAUUUGACAUAUCACCUGUACAUGCCUCCAGAACGAAGACAAGGGCCUAGGGAAGAUCUCCAAGCAGAGGGCUCAACCCUGGGACCCCCAGGGCCAUCACUGUGGGAGGAGAAAAACUCACAGAGGCCACACCCUCGGAUGAAGCCCUCCUCACCAGGAAACUCCAGGCCCUCACCCCCUUCACACAAGCUGGAACUUCAGACCCUUAAAUUGGAAGAGCUGACGGUCUCAGAGCUUCGGCAGCAGCUGCGCCUACGGGGACUCCCAGUCUCCGGGACCAAGUCGAUGCUCCUGGAGCGCAUGCGCGGUGGCGCCCCGCCCAGAGAACGGCAGAAGCCCCGGCGUGAGGACAAAGAGGCUGCGGCUCCCUGGCCGCGUCUUAGGCCUAAGGCUCUGGGACGUACCCGGCGGCCCGGCACGGUAAAGACAAGUGCAACGACUCAUAGGCUGCCGUUUUCUGAAGUUGCGGAUCCCCUGGGCGCUGCUCCAGCUCCGGCUCCCGCGCCGGUUCAGGCGCCCGCUCCAGCUUCGGCUCCGGCUCUUCCAACUCCCUUUCCAACAUCUUCUCCAGCCAGCCUGACUCUGGAGGAGGAGCUGCAGGAAGCGAUCCAUAGGGCUCAGCUGCUUCCGAAUCGGGACAUCGAUGACAUCCUGGAAGACCAAGUGGAGCCAGAUGACCUGCUGCCUCCCAUCCCCUUGGACUUCCCGGGCUCGUUUGACGUGCUGUCUCCCUCCCCGGACUCGGAUGGCUUCUCUUCCGUUUUUUCUUCUUCACUCCCAUCCCCCACAAGCUCCCUGUCCCCUUCUCCAAAGGCACUUACAGAUUCCUUGGACUGGCUGGAGGCCUUGAGUGGCGGUCCACCGCUGGACUCUGGGCCUCCAGGGCCCAGCAUCUUCUCUGCGGACUUAUCUGACCCCAGUGGCAACCGUCUUUGGGAACUGCUUCCAGAUGCAUGAGAAGGAC